GGGAGUGUGUGAGGCAGGUUCCACCAGUUCACUGUUAGUCCAAUUCUGACAUCGAGAGAGGAACGGACAUUGCAAGCUACCGUAAGCAGAAGGGAAAGCGAUCAAAAUUGGGAGUUUAGUAACAACGUGAAACUGCUGCUAACGGUAGUAUUAAGGAGGAACUGGGGUGCUGUGUUUGGGGGGGUACAAGUGAGCUAGAGAACGAUACUGCCUCCGCUGUCCAUCUCGGGGCCUCGUCCGUUGUUACGACUGACCGUCGCUUUCAUCUCCCAUCUGUCAUUUUUACGCCGCUGGACGGCAUCGGAUAUUAGUGGCGGCACAGUCCCUACUUCAUGGGGGAAGAAUACAGGAUCAGCAGAAGCAAAGGGUAAGUGACAGAUGAAUAACCGAAAGGAAGAUAUGGAAAUUGCUUCCCAUUACCGCCAUCUCUUGCGUGAACUAAAUGAACAACGUCAGCAUGGCAUCCUUUGUGAUGUCUGCAUUAUUGUGGAAGGCAAGAUAUUUAAGGCACACAAAAAUGUCCUUCUUGGAAGUAGUCGUUAUUUCAAGACUCUGUACUGUCAGGUACAGAAGACAUCAGAACAGGCUACAGUCACUCAUUUGGACAUUGUUACGGCACAGGGUUUCAAAGUUAUCAUUGACUUCAUGUACUCCGCACAUUUAGCACUAACUAGCAAGAAUGUCAUUGAGGUUAUGUCUGCUGCCAGUUACUUACAAAUGACUGAUAUAGUCCAGGCAUGUCACAGUUUUAUUAAAGCAGCACUGGAUAUAAGUAUAAAGUGCGAGACACCUGAUGAUGUUGCAGACUAUGAUAUGGGUGCCCCUUCAAGUAGCAGCACUGAUGCCCUAGUGUCAGCGGUAGCUGCUGGGAGGAGUAUUUCUCCAUGGCUUGCUCGACGGACAAGCCCAGCUAAUUCUUCAGGAGACUCUGCUAUUGCUAGUUGCCAUGAAGGAGGAAGUAGUUAUGGAAAAGAUGAUCAAGAACCAAAGACAGAAAACCAUGAUGACAUUUCCUCACAAUCACUGUGGGUUGGUGGAGAAGGAAGUUAUGGGCCUCUACGCAUUAAAGAGGAACAGAUUUCACCAUCUCAGUACGGUGUGAAUGACUGUCAGUUAAUUAAAGAUAGCUUAGGACAAAAUUCUUACUCUGACCAAGGAGCUGGGGAGGGUUGGCCACCCUCGGGUCGCCGAAAGAAUCGGAAAAAUAAAGAAACAGUACGCCACAUUACCCAGCAAGUAGAAGAUGACAGCCGAGCAGGCUCUCCAAUGCCGUCCAUUGUGUCCAUAGGGUGGACGUACACUAAUCAUGAUCAGUCAGGUGCUGAUGUUAUUGAACCCAGCAGUUCUGAUAGCAGAGGAGGCAGAUCUGAUUUCUAUAUGAAUCCUGAUGAGACUCUAGUGGGAGAAACAGGUUAUCUAUCCCAUUCACUCACAUCAGAAAAAGAUGACUUGCAUCAGCAGGUAUCGACUGUUGCCAAUCUGCGGGCAGCCCUCAUGAGCAAAAAUAGUAUACUGUCUCUCAAAGCUGACAUGCUGAGUGAAGAUGGUCCACUACUUUUCGAAUAUUUGCCGAAAGGAACACAUUCAUUGUCUUUAAACGAGUUUACUGUGAUCAGGAAGAAAUUCAAGUGUCCAUACUGCAGUUUCUCUGCCAUGCACCAGUGUAUUCUGAAGCGACAUAUGAGAUCUCACACAGGAGAGCGUCCUUACCCCUGUGAAAUAUGUGGAAAAAAAUUCACUCGCAGAGAGCAUAUGAAGCGGCAUACUUUGGUACACAGCAAAGAUAAAAAGUAUGUGUGCAAGGUCUGCAACCGGGUGUUCAUGUCAGCUGCCAGUGUGGGAAUCAAACAUGGCUCUCGCCGUCAUGGAGUCUGUUCAGAUUGUUCUGGUCGAGGAGUUUCAAGCCACCCAGACCAAAAUGGAGGGAUUGGGUCUCCAGAAGAGAUGUAUACUGGAGAGCAUCAAUAUGUAGAAGACACUGAUGACCUGAAGAUAGAAGGGGUUGAUGAGGUUGGAGAAGGAGAUGGAGACCUUGAUGCAGAUGAGGAUAUCAAAUGGAAAGAUGACAUAGGGAUACCCCAAGAGGAUGUGAUUUUAGAAGAUGACAAAGAGGAAAUAGACUCUCCACAGGAACCUGAUAACUCUGGUGAUAAUGACAAAGAAUUCACUUGGAUUUCCUAGGUGCUACUGCAAGACUUCAGUAUCUUUAACUUGCUGUGUGUGUACUCCAGUGAAUAGACUCAAGAGAGUACAUUAAUUUAGCUUUCCAUGUCUGGCUAUGACUGGUUUUGAAACCUCACUCAUUUUAGUACAAUUUGGCUUGCCUUUUCUUCCCACAAAUCUGGUACAGGGGCACCUGGGAAGUGAUUAUACUGCAUUGCUCUGGUUUCCAAAGCAGCCAUGUUUUUGUACUUAAAGGGGAAAGGCGGUAAAAAAUGA